AUGAAGUCUCCACCGGCGGAUACAUUCACGGAGCGAAUGCUGAGGAGGAGCUCUGGAAUGAGUCUUCUCCGCAGAAGCAAGGUCCUCGAGGCCAUCGAGGAGGACCUGCGCCCGACUCCCCGCAGAACUCCGCAGUCCAACGACGGAAGUUCGUACAUUUCGUCAUCGACGGGAGCCAACGAGUUAGAGUCGCAAAUUGCCGCUCUAGAGAUUAUAAAUGGAGACAGAGAGAGAGUGGAGAUUGGUGGGGGGCGUGAAAUUAAUUUGGCGACGAGAGUGACCGAUGACGACACCGAGGACAUCCUGGAGUCCCCGCGGGCCAAGAGGAGGUGCUUCAGGCCGGACAUGGAGUCCACCAGAAUCUCCGUGAUAACUCGAAACCCCGGGGGGAUGACGGGUCAACUGGUGCAGGUCGAGAGGACAAUUCCAGCGAUUCCAGCGGGGCGGCAGAGGGGAGAGGGGAAGAUACCGUACGAGGUGGAGAGGUUCCUCGAGGAGGCGCUCGGGGACGAGUUGAACACGACGGACAGGAGCAAUUCGCAUUUUAAUGCCAGCGAACUGAUCUCCGAGGGGAGAACGCCGUUCCUCAGGAGAAUCAUGAGGUUCUGGAACCACAAGAGGAGCGAUAAUUCCAGCAAUGGUGCGGACCCCUCGAGGGGGGCGAGCGACAACAGCACCCUGAAUCGGAGCGUGAGACUUUACAGGACUUUCUCGCAGAGGAUUAAACAGAAAAUCCGAGCAGCCCUGAUAAGAGAUAAAUCCCCCGAGGUCAGCCCCCCAGAGCCCGCGCGUCAGCCAUCCUUCGACAAGGAUCGAAUGGACACGAUGGAGCACAUCCUGAAGCACAUGAAGAUCCAGCAAUGCACGAUUGAGCAAGCGAGCAAAGCCCUGAACGUCUGUCGCACGAGCAAAGAGUUCAUAGGCAGUUCAGAGGAGGUGGAGUCAGAGCGUCUGCUGCUGAUCGCUGGGAUUCGCAAGCGUCUGCUCCAAGAAGAGCUGAAAAAGCUCAGCAACCCCUCCGAGGAAAUUUGUCACGUGAAAGAGCCAUCGGACCUCACAGAAUGGGCGGAGGUCACCAUCGAAAACAUUAAUCUGCCCCUUCGUGAGUGCCUCACGAGGGAGUCCCAGUCUGGUGAGCCUGGGGAGUGGUUCGUAGUCGUCAUCAUCGAGGGAACCAACGUCUGGGGGAGUUCCCCUGUUCUUCGGCCUGUGGGCUCGAUGCUCCUCGAAUUCUCAAACUUUCUGUGCACCAUUGACAACUUGCAGCCCAAUUUCAGGAUCACCAUCGAGGUGUACAGCCUGAAUUUGAAGUGUGGGCCGAUUAGCAGUGACGAAGACAAGACCCACACCCUCAAUUCCACGUUGAACAGAACGUGGACUUAUCUGUCGCCCUCGAAAUUCAUGAGACGAGGGGAGAAAUCUCCCAGAGUCAAGCUUGACCAGAAGGUUCGAUCGUCUUCCUUCAGCAAGUGCGGAUACUUAGGACUCAGCCUUCAUGAUCUGACACUGUCCUCUCCCUGGACACUGACAGCUGUCCCUCAUGACUCCAUUCUCCGAGGCAUCGUCGAUCUCAAUCUCUCGUGCAAACUUCAUUUGUCGACUUGUCAUCAGGGCUUUCUCAAUUUCGGAGAGAGGGCCGGGGACUUCAUCGUCUGGAACAGACGCUGGUGCGUCCUCAAGGGGUACACCCUCAUGUUCUGGAACUACCCCAGGGAGCAGGAGUGCAAACCCCCGGUGAAAACUAUUGAUCUGAUGCAGUGCUGCUCGGAGAGGAUUGGCCAGGUCGACAGGGAAAUCUGCUCCAAGUCCAGGACUAUUCUUGUGGAGACCAUGAGGCUCAGGGAACCGGGGGAUGGGGAGGGGGUUCUCAUGGUGUGCAGACAGGGUCACACAGUACAGAGGUUCUUACUGUCUUUCGACAAUAAAAAAGAUGUAAACGAAUGGGCAUUGAAGCUGAACAACGUAAUCACUGCCCUUCGAGAUUGGAACGUGAAGUUGAUGAAGAAUAUUCAGAAAUCACCGAUGAUUCCAGCUCUCAAAACCUAGUUUUUAUAACAAUUUGUACUCAAUAUUAACUUAACAAUAUUAACUUGCCCUGUUGUAAAAUAAACAUAAGAACCAAUAAACUCGCAAUUUUCAUCGCU